ACGACAUCAACUCCUUCCCCCGCCGCUUCGUCAUCUUUAAAGUCUGCAGCACCACACAAGGCCUGGUCAAAGAAACACAUGAUCCUCAAUGCUGUCAACAAAGAUGAAUCUCUCAAAAGGAUCUUUAGCAGUACUCCCAACAAGCAUGAAGCAGGGGGCAUAUCCUCCGAGUGCAAAAGCAGAAUUCUAGCAAGCAGUACUUGUAGUCCCAUCCCAACCUCACCAAAAAUGCCCAUACUCAGUCCACAGGAUGACGAGGGGGAAGCGGUUGGUGAGGAGCAGGGGGUCCAAGCUCAGGCCAACAAUGAUGACCCCCCAACACUUGAUUCAGUACCCCGUACUUUCCCCCACCCCCAGUCUAACUCUCACCCGGGUUCCUCC